AUGAGUUCGGAGCAUCUUGUGGUGAAGGUUGGACACGAAGGAUGUAUCUGGCGACUGAAGGUACCGGUACAGGAUGUAUCAUACAACAAAGUGAAGGAAGUUGUGGGAAAGACGGUAUCACUCGAGAAGGGCCGCGUCAUCAGAUAUAAAGACGAUGAGGGGGACAUGUGCGUCUUGACGUCGGAGACCUUUGAUGAUGCUAUGGAUAUAUCCCUCAGAGACAAUGGCCUACUACGCUUGGAUGUGGUCACGGUAUCUUUCAUACCACUUAUGAUACAACGAUGCAGUCGACACACAGAUAGGCUGUCCUAUCACGUUCACAAAAAGUACGAUUGUAUCAGGCCUACUUUGCAAAGUAUGCUGUUGGCGAUAACCCAUAUACCAGAGCUCCACGAGUUCAUGCCACUACUACAAGCGAUCGUGAACUCUGGUCCCAAUACGCCUGAAGUCACAGAGUUUGGCCAGUGGUUCGUUGGCCUGCUCAAGUCAUUCUCAACUCUCAGCUUCGACACGCAAGUUCAGGUGCUGCUGAUGGUGGCUCCCUCGUGGAUACCGUGUUUCCGAACGGCGAUCCAACUAGGCCGCUUCGAUGUACCACCAACGCCUAAACAACAAGUCACUCAUUAUGGUGUUGAGUGUGAUGGCUGUGGCGUGAACCCUAUAGUUGGGCCCCGCUUCAAAUGCCAAGUAUGCGACUAUGACCUUUGUGGUGAAUGUUAUCCGAAUAAAAGCACAAUCCAUGCCGAAUCACAUGAUUUCGUAUGUGUCCUGCGUUCUGGCAGAGAGGCCUCCGGAGUCAAACUAGGGCUCCUAACAAAGGAAUCUCCAUCGUCGAAGCUGUCAGCUCCGACGAUGUUGUCGGCCAAAGCAUCGUCAUUGAAGUGCCGAACCCCGGCGGGGGAAGAGGAGCACAAGAAUUACCACUGGUCGACGAAUGGCUGAUGUGCAUCUGAGUUGCUGGUUGUAUGUGCCGAAUCCAGUCAUUACGAAUGCUAAUAUUUUACUCCCCAGAAGGAUGUUGGUGAUUUCCUCCUGGUGAUUUCGAACCACCAUUGCUCAUCACCAUAGUACAAGGUCAUUAACUUUAAAAACUGUACUUGUCUAUGAUGCGUGAAUGAUGAUGAGAAGUUCUACAGGCUUUCCCGCCUGCCUUUUCCCUAGUCUGUUGUCGUCUCUCGUUAACUAUCGCGUACACUUGCUCCAGUGUUCUUCAACUUGAUCACUAAUGGCUCUGAAAAAUCAGCCACGUGCGGUGCUGGUACGCGCCUAGAAAAUGGUUGUCAUCACAUGAGCGGUUGGUAACCUAGGUAGCGUGGCAGCAGUUUGCGCCUU